AUUUGAUAAAGGUUACCUGCACUAAAACCGCACAGCAUUUAUGUUCUUUCUUACGCUGAUCAUGGAGAAUAUCCCGUAGUGCUGAAGCAAGGACAAGGAUAACUUUAAUCGAAAUGGAAAACUUUGUUCAUUCAUGUCCUCAAAACGCUACAGAGGUCUUGGAAUCCUCCGCCAGGAUGGGCUGUGGUAAAGACAAGUAUGGGAACGAUCAGUACAUCUGUGUUUCUAACAGAAACAAAACAGGGUUAUUAGAACUAUGUUAUAAUGGUGUCAUGGAAUUGAUACAAAGAGGCAACUGUUUGGAAACUGACGGAGAAAAGCUUUAUUACGUCGAUUGUCUUGGAUUUUCAUCAGGUUGUCCUGUCGAAGAUUAUCAAAGCAACACAAUAUACCAGUAUCCUGCUUGUCAAAGCAUCAAUACUGAACAACAAUGCUAUCUUGCUGAAGUCUCAUGUCCUAACAG